CCUCUCAGUCUUAACAAUCAGCUCUGCUUUCUCUCUCCCUCACCCUCUCCCUCUCUCAAGACUUCCCACAACUUCUUGAUUUCUCACCCAACUUCCCACCACAUUCUCCAAAUCUUUCUCCAAAUUUAGCAUAUCCCAAAUUUGUACCCCAUUCAAUACUUUUACAAAUUGUGUCACGUUAAUUUGUUCGUACCUAACUAGCUGUUUGGAUAUCACUUCCUUUUCAUUUUAUUAUGGGUACUGAUCAUGCGUACCCUUCAACCAAUGUGGAGGACUCUCUACACCGAGUAGAGAUCCCACCACCUCAACCUUUCAUCAAAACAUUGAAGUCUUCUCUCAAGGAGACCUUCUUUCCUGAUGACCCUUUGAGGCCGUUUAAGAACCAACCUACUUCAAGAAAAUUCAUUCUUGGCUUCCAGUACUUCUUUCCAAUCCUCGAAUGGGCGCCUCGCUACACGCUCGAGUUCUUGAAAUCAGAUCUCAAUUCCGGCAUCACCAUCGCUAGCCUGGCGAUCCCACAGGGGAUUAGCUAUGCCAAGCUUGCUAACUUGCCACCAAUUCUUGGCCUAUAUUCAAGCUUUGUUCCACCAUUGAUUUAUGCCAUGAUGGGGAGCUCAAGAGAUAUGGCUGUGGGGACUGUGGCUGUGGCCUCACUUCUCACAGCUUCAAUGCUGGGGGCUGAGGUCAAUGCUGCAGAAAAUCCUACCCUUUAUCUUCAUCUUGCCUUCACCGCAACCUUCUUUGCCGGAGUUUUCCAAGCUUCCUUGGGUUUGUUGAGGCUAGGGUUUAUUGUGGAUUUUUUAUCACAUGCAACGAUAGUAGGGUUUAUGGCGGGGGCAGCGACAGUGGUUUGCCUGCAACAGCUAAAAGGAAUUCUAGGGCUUGACCAUUUCACCCGUGGGACCGAUUUAGUGUCAGUUAUGCGCUCUGUUUUCAGCCAAACACAUGAGUGGAGAUGGGAAAGCGGAGUUUUGGGAUGUUUAUUUCUUUUCUUCCUCCUCACCACAAAAUAUUUUAGCAAGAAGAAACCUAAGCUCUUUUGGAUCUCAGCCCUGGCACCUUUGACGUCAAUAGUUUUGGGAAGCGUUCUGGUUUAUCUCACCCAUGCUGAGAAACACGGCGUUCAAGUGAUAGGAAAGCUGAAGAAGGGGAUUAAUCCAUUGUCGUUUCGAGACCUUGUAUUUGUGUCUCCUUAUCUCACAACAGCUUUUAAAACUGGCAUUAUCACGGGCAUCAUAGCUCUGGCUGAAGGAAUAGCUGUUGGGAGAAGCUUUUCCAUGUUCAAGAAUUACCACAUUGAUGGGAACAAAGAGAUGAUUGCCAUUGGGAUGAUGAACGUUGUUGGUUCUUGCACUUCUUGCUACCUCACUACAGGGCCAUUUUCCAGAUCAGCAGUGAACUACAAUGCAGGAUGCAAGACGGCAAUGUCAAACGUUAUCAUGGCAAUUGCAGUGAUGUUCACAUUGUUGUUCCUCACACCAUUGUUCCACUACACUCCCCUUGUUGUGUUGUCUGCCAUCAUAAUCACCGCCAUGCUCGGCCUUAUAGAUUAUGAAGCCGCAAUCCACCUCUGGAAGGUUGACAAGUUUGACUUCGUCAUCUGCAUGAGUGCGUACAUUGGCGUCGUUUUUGCCAGCGUUGAAAUCGGCCUAGUCGUAGCGGUAGCAAUAUCUGUGAUCAGGGUGCUUUUGUUUGUGGCAAGGCCUAGGACUUUUAUUCUUGGAAACCUUCCGAAUUCCAUGGAUUACAGAAAUGUUGACCAGUACCAAAGUGCAAGCAAUAUUCCUGGAAUUCUGAUACUUGAGAUUGAUGCUCCCAUUUACUUUGCAAAUACCAACUACUUAAGAGAAAGGAUUGCAAGGUGGAUUAAUGACGAGGAAGAUAGGAUAAAAUCUGCAGGAGAAAGUAGCUUACAAUAUGUGAUAUUGGAUAUGAGUGCGGUUGCUAACAUAGACACAAGUGGAAUUAGCAUGUUUGAAGAAGUUAAGAAGCUAAUUGAUAGAAGGGGACUUCAACUUGUAUUGGCGAACCCCGGAGGUGAGGUGAUGAAGAAGAUGAACAAGUCGGAGUUGAUCGAGAAAAUAGGUCAGCAAUGGAUUUAUCUCACAGUUGCAGAGGCAGUUGCAGCAUGCAAUUUCAUGCUUCACACCACCAAACCCGACCCAAUCAAAGAUCAAGAACCCGGCGUAUGGAAUAAUGUCUGAGUUGCAUGCUAGCUCAAUUACCUUGUCUAUGUAUGUACCAGUGUAAAUUUUUGUAUCACAUAAAGCAAUGUGAAGUGUACGUAAAAUAUGAUGAGGACACAUUGAAAUGAGAAAUUAGUCUUAUCGUUUUAUGUUCUUGGUUGCUUAAUUAGUGGGAAGUUGGAAGCGUUAAUUUUUUUCCCUCUCUCGUCCUUAAUAUUGUAAAUCUCAUAACGAAACAAAACUUUACAUAGAUUCAUUUUUGUGAGCCUGAAUUAUUAAGAAUAGUCAUUUAUA